AUGAAUCAUGCGGAUUUUUUUCAUUGUCAUUGAAAAAUGUAAACAAACCGAGGUAUCCAAAUGUGCGGUAACUCAUAUCUUUUUUUCAAUUGAAAAGAAAGGGUGGUUCAUUCGAAAUAAUCUUGAAGUUAGGAUUAUUUUUAUCAUUGAAUGCUGAUACGAUUAAAUUUAUCUCUUUAGAUACUUCUAGAAUGAAUAUGUGAUAUGUAUGAAUAUAAGCGCAUGCAUUUACCUUGCCAUCUGCUCAUAUCAAGUGAGUUACGCAGGAGUUGGAAAGGAUCAACAGCUGCAAUAAUUGAGAGUGAGAAUGAUUUUGUUUGGGGUGUUAUAUGGGAAAUAUCAAAAGAUCAAGAAGAAGUAUUAGAUAAACAUGAAAAGGGAUAUAUUCCACUGAUUCUUCCUAUAGAAAUUGAUUCAUUUAGAAGAUUAGAUUGUAAAGUUUAUUUAAGAUUUGUGAAGGAAGAAGAGGUUGGCAAACCAUCUUGCUUAUACAAAGCAGUAUUUAUUCAAGGUGCUAAGGAACAUCGUUUACCUCUGCAUUACAUACAAAAGCUAGAAGCCGUAGAAGAUAAUGGCUAUAAGGGUCCUGUUGAUAUUCCUGUUAAAGUUGAUAUAUGUUCUUAAAAUUAUAUUUUUAUAGCAUUUUAUGAAAUGUUUUAUAUAAUAAUUUUUUAGAUGAUAAAAAUGAUGUUUUAUGAACAAAAAUAGAUAAAAUCCAAUUGUAUUGCCCCAAAGUAUGUUUUUUAUCUAAUUUGGUAUCCUGAAUGUUACCAGAAUCUUAUUGCAAAAUGCCAUUUAUAUUUCAAAGUGCUUUUACUUGUUUUGUUGUAACAAAGUUUUAUAGAUGUGGAAGAUGAUGUCUUUGCUUUUUAAAAUCCAAAUUAAUUUUAAUUGCAUUGUUAUGUAUUAUUGCAGUAUUAUUUUUAUGUAUUAAAAAAGUUUCAAUCUUAUGUUUAAAUCAUAUGUUUUGGUUGUUUAAAUCAAAGGCAAUCAAUAAGUCAUUUUUAAUUUUCUGCAUUUCAUUUUACAAUUUAAUAUUCAAUAAUGUUGAUAAUGGAUUGAAACAGAUUCUGAAAGUAUGGACUUCUCAUUAAAGUUUUGACUUUUGUGAAAAUUAUACUAGAAUAACAGAAAUUAGUAAUAUAUAAAAAAAAUUACCAUUUAAGUAUGGAUAAUGCAUUGACACUAUUUAUUGUGUAUUUACUAAGGCUUUUCAAUUUUUAUCGUUCUGAAGCAAUUUGACUUUACUGUUCAAGGUGCCCACUAUAAUUGUGGUUCAAUUGAUAAUUUCUAAAAUUUUAAAAAUAGGAAUGUACUUACAACUGCAGAUAUAUUCUAAAUGAAGUAAAUAAUUAUGAUUUAUAUGAUAUGAGUCAAUAAACUGACUGUU